AUGGCCCCGAAAAGUGAUGGGCUGGCGGUUGUAACCAAUACACAUCGCGACUCACUGGAACGGCUUCGAGCAACAUUACAGCAAGAGGCACGGCUGACUGGCGAGACACAGCCCUGCGUCCAAUCGUUGCAACAAAUGGCCGACAACCUCCAAAGAGCUAUGCAUGGACUCACCUGCACGGAAUCCACAGUUCGAGAUGCCUUUGGGAAGGAACAUGUCAAAUUGUCGAGGCGCGAGGAUAUGCUCAGACAAGCUGAUAAGAAGAUGAAGCCUCAGGUGAGUGUAUCGUCUUAG